AUGUGGAUCAUUGGUGAAACACCAGCAAAUUCUGAAGGAAUAAUUCAAGGUCAAACAAAUACCGAGUUAAGUGCAAUCGGCUAUCAACAAGCUCGCGCAUUAGGAAAAAAAUUACAAAAUCACCGUUUCACUCAUUGUUACUCAAGUGAUUUAAAGAGAGCGUCUGAGACAGUUAUUGAAAUAAUGCGCUUGAACAAAGUAUCAUCAUCAUGUAAAAUUCAAUACGGCGCAAUGUUGCGGGAAAGGAUAUUUGGAAUAGCCGAAGGACGAAGUCGAGAAUGGUUGAAAGGAUUGGCAAAAGCAAAAGGCAUUCCAUACGUCAAUUUCACUCCGGACGGAGCCGAGACUACACAGGAUGUUCGUCAUCGAGCAAUAACAUUUUUUCAUGAUCUUUGUGCUGAAUUAUUAGAAUAUCGUAAAGAACAAUCAAAAGAUAGAGAUUAUCCAUUGUUAAACCCUACUGGAUCAAAUUUAUCUUCAUCUCUGUCGUCACUGACUUCGUUUGGAUCAAUAGACAAUAUGAAAGACCAGUCAGUGUCACAAAAUGCUCCAAUAUCAAACAAUGAUUUCUGUCUAAUAGGAUCAACAUCGCUGCCAACAUCACCGUCCAAUAAAAAAUUAUCAACAAAAAAUAAUGACAGCUUAAUAAAACGUUCAUUAUCCAUCGAUAGCUUGACAAAUCGUGUCACAUUUAGUCUUCAGGAUCAAUUAUCUCAAACUCGCCCACUCUCAUCGUCGUGUUCAUCCAUCGAUUCAGCACUAGGAGAUUUGGCAAACAAUAAAAGCAGUAUCAAUCGUCAUCAUCAUCAUCCAAAACAGAAAACUUCAACAUAUUCAAAUAGUUCAUUAUCAUCUCAUUCUUCUUCAUUUCAUUCUCAUACGAAACCAAGAAAUUCAUUGUGUUUAUCACCAUAUCAUUCAACGUUUAGUGAUAUUGAUGUGUUAUGUGUAUCCCAUGGUGCUUUUAUUCGUGAAUUAUUAAAACAUUUUGCAUAUGAUUUAUGUUGGAAUCAUGGCGAACAAACACUUCAAGACAUUGCACCGAACACAUCUGUGACAAGAUUUCAAAUAACAUAUGAAAAUUCUAGACAAAUCAAAUUUGAUCUUAUUGUUUAUCAUGAUAAAACACAUUUGAAUACGGCUACCGCUGAACAAAAUCUUGAUGUUGUGAAUAAAUGUAGUUUAUAA